GGAUUAAUUCACAUUAUUUGCAACAUUUGUUAAGAAUGGAGGAAAUGAAGAGUAAGAUUGUUAUAUUUGGAGGAAGUGGUUACAUUGGGAAGUACUUGGUGAAGGCAAGUGUUUGUUUAGGGCAUCCAACUUUUGUGUAUACUCGUCCUCUUAAUGGAAGAACUUCUUCUUCAAAGAUAGAACUUUGCAAAGAGUUCAACCACAUGGGAGUUACCCUUGUCCAAGGAGAACUUGAACAUGAGCAGAUUUUGAAAGUGAUUAAAAAAGUAGACAUUGUGAUAUGCGCACUACCAUACCCUCAAGUGAUGGAACAACUCAAAAUCAUUGAAGCUAUCAAAGUUGCCGGUAAUAUAAAGAGAUUUCUUCCAUCGGAUUUUGGGGUGGAAGAAGAUAGAGUAAACCCUCUGCCUCCAUUUCAAGCUUUCCUUGAUAAGAAAAGAAAAAUUAGAAGGGAAAUUGAAGCAUCUAAGAUCCCUUAUACCUAUAUCUCUGCAAAUUGCUUUGGUGCAUACUUUGUUAAUUAUUUGCUUCGUCCUUAUGACAAAAACAACCAUACUAUUGUUUAUGGCAAUGGCCAUGCCAAAGCUGUGCUAAACUAUGAAGAAGAUAUCGCCAUGUACUCCAUUAAAGCAGCAAAUGAUCCAAGAACAUGCAAUCGUGUUGUUAUUUAUCGACCCUCUAAGAACAUUGUUUCACAAAAUGAUUUGAUAUCAUUGUGGGAGCAAAAAACUGGAAGGACUUUUCUCAGAGAUUUUGUCACAGAGGAAGAGAUUAUCAAUCUAUCACAGACUUUACCUCCUCCACAGAAUAUUCCAGUUUCCAUUCUCCAUAGUGUGUUUGUUAAAGGUGACCUCAUGAACUUUGAGUUAGGGAAAGAUGAUCUUGAAGCUUCAGAGUUAUAUCCUGAUUAUAAGUAUACCUCCAUUGAUGAACUUCUUGAUAUUUUUCUUCUUCAUCCUUUGCCUCCUGCAUCUGCAGCUUUUGAAUGAACAUAUAUUUUAUCCUACACUUUUAGGAGAGCGGAUUCAGUGAUUUUUUGGAGAAAAAAAUUACGUAAUUUGGUUAAUUUUCAUAUUUUGGAUGACUCACUUCGAUUUUCAAAAAAGAAAUAAUAAAAGGGUUAAAUAUGUUUUUGUCCCUCAAGUUUUAGUGAAAUUUGAAAUUAAUUAAUUUUUAAAACUUUUGACCAAUUUAGUUUUUCAUCUUUAAAAAUACAUGAAUUUAGUUCUUUUAACCAAAUUUUAUUAAGUUUAUUUGACAUUUCAAGUGUAUUUCAUGAUAGUAUUUAAAUUGUUUAUACUGUUUGACACAUUUUCACUUCAAUAUUAAAUCAAGUAUUGUCAUAAAACGUGUUUAAAAGUCAAAUAAACUUAAUAAAAUUUGGUAAGAAUGACUAAAUUCAUAUAUUUCUAAAAUUAAAUGACUAAAUUGGUAUAAAGUUUCAAAGAGAGACUAAUUCCAAAAUUUACUUAAACUUGAGGGAUCAAAAACAUAUUUAACCCAAUAAAAAAUAGAUGAAAAUAAACUAAAGUUACUUGAUUUUUUCCUUCUUCAAAGAGUCACUUAAUCCACUCUCCACUUCAGUGUGUUGGAAUUUAGAAUCAAUCUCUUUAUGUAUUCAAAGAUAAGAUUGUGUUCAAACUCUCUCGUACCUUUGCAUACCGUGAAAAAAAAAAUUGUACUUGGUUACAAUAGAAUUGUGAUCCUCCAUGUACCAAUCAAUAAUAGUUUGUGAGCAAAGAUGUUUAGCAUGA